AUGCUGAGAGGCGCACAGGGCAGAGCACAAGUCCACACCCUGCGCACUGCACAUGGCACAAUGACACAAUUUCCGGAAGACAUCGCAACUGAAUUUAGACGGUUCUACACACGAUUAUACAAUGCACGUGAGGAGGAAACCGGACUACCUCAGGCCGCGAGGCAGACGGACACGAUGGACUACCUGAGAGACUUUCACCCAGAUGCACUCACACCGGCGGGAGCUGAAGAACUGGAUGCACCCAUUACCAAG